CUCCCAUAAACUAAGGAGCAAAUUCAGCAUAACUAACAUCAUCUUUCUUCUUUAAAACCCCUCUCUUCACCUCUGCAACUCCUCUUCUUCUGCUCUGAAUACUCUUCGCUUGAUAAUGGAGAUAGACUCGGUCAACUGCGCGUGCUGUGGUUUGAGAGAAGAGUGCACGCAGGAAUACAUAAGCCAGGUGAAGGAGAGUUUUGAAGGAAAAUGGCUCUGUGGGCUCUGCUCUGAAGCAGUGAGAGAUGAGAUGAAGAAUGGAUGGAAGAAGGAAUACAAUGGAACUGAAGCUGCUUUGAAGGCUCAUAUGUCAUUCUGCAGCAAAUAUAAGAGAAAUCCAGCAAUUCUAGUUGCAGAUGGAAUGAGGCUGAUGCUGAGGAGGAGAUCGAGGGAUUUAUCGGCUUCGACGGCGGCUUCUGUUUCGCCUGCGGCGAAGAAGUAGUAGGAGGAGGUUUCAGGCUCCUUGCUUUUUAUUCAGAUUGUUUCAGAUUUGGAAUAAUUUUUAAGACAAUUUUAGAUUUGUGUUUUUUUUUUCUUCUUUUUUAUUUAAAGCUUUUCGCUUAGUGGCUAUUGUUAUGUAUAGAGAAAUCAAAAGAGAAAUGAAGUUAAUCAGGAGUUUUAGGGUUUAGGGUUGGCGACUCCGUUGGGGAUGAUUCCUCUCUUCAUCUUUGAGUCUGACUUAUAUUUUCUUUUCAUCAGUAACAUAUUUGUAUCUCUUUGUAGACUCAGAUUACUUUCCCCUGUUGUAUUUCCCUUUCUCUCAAGAUCGAGGAAUGAGUCCACCAAAUGCCCUUAAACUUUGGGUCCAUAACCUCUCAUUCAA